AUGGCCUUCUUCCAAGGCCCUAAGUGGCACCUUCUGAGUCUUUUGUUCGCAUUUCUUGCCCUGCAGGUAUUGUCCCAGUCUGUUUCUGGAACAGAAAAAUGUUCUGGGGCUUCGAGUAAGCAACGUUAUGUUGGAUAUUAUGUUACGCGGCAUUUUGAAGAUCAGAGCUGUGAUACAUUUGAGCCAUCGGAUAUCAACGUUGAACCGUUCACCCAUAUAUACCUUGAGAAUAUUCAUAUUGGAUAUACCCGAGAUGCUAUUGCUGCACCCUUUGACGGCAUUGAUCGCAGGCGCUGGAGAGAUCUUGUCAAUCUGAAGAUCAAAAAGCCAUCCCUCAAAAUCUAUGUAUCCAUUACACCGUAUGCAAUUGAUUCGGGUAAACCAAACCCUUCGUUAUCAGACAUGGUUCGCUCUGUUGAGAACCGGACGGAGGUCAUUGACUCCAUUGUUAAAUUUCUGGACGAUUUCAAGUUCGACGGUCUCAAUUUUCGCUACAUAUGGCGGGACCUAUGGCAAGGCGGUCUCAGGCAUAUCGACCUGGCGGGAAUGGCUGAGCAUCUUGAACAUCUCAGCUUCAUUUCAUCGGAUCGGCCCGGAGAUGCCGUGUGCAAGGAAGAGGAGAGAUGGCCUGAACAUGGAGACAGCUUGAAUAUCGGCCGUAGCGUCAGACUAUUCCGGGAAGCCAAUAUUAAUCCUAAGAAACUUUCACCCAUUUUGGAUUUGGGAGGUCGAGAAUGGAAACUUCAAGAUCCGAAGUGCAAUACUCCCGGAUGCCCGAUGACAAUGCGCGCGUCGCGUGGAAAGUUCACGUUCGAGAGUGCCAAAAGUUUGAAGCAAAAAGCCGAUAUUGCCAACGAGAAUUGCCUCGGCGGCCUUGCUGUUGAGAUGGUAUUCACGGGUGGACCGGCAACUUUGGCGAAUCCGAAUGAUCUAGAUCCGUCUGAUACAAGCAUGAUAGGUGCGCCCCCGACAAAUCGAUUUAGGGAUCUUGUCGAUGUCAAUGCACACCUUACCGAAACGAACACGCCCUCCACCACGAGCACACAGAGCGCCAGUUUGAGUAGCGAAACAAGUACCUCUGACUCUGACACUAAGGGCAGCACGAAGGGUUUAUCCUGCCAUCCUGCGAUUGGUAGUGUUCACGUUCCGAUUGCUCAGCUGGAUUUUAAUGCGGAAGAAAGUGUCCCUAGCCCUUCUCUCGCUGCUCCCCAUGAAGCCGGAACAGCCGAUGAACCUAAUUCAAUGGGCCCUAAGCCUACUCUUACUCUUGCCCACCGGAUUGGCACUCCAACUGAUACCGCCGAGAAAGCUAAUGAUGAGGGUAUCACUCCUGGCGAGCCCAGCAAUGUUCCUUGAAGUCCCACCGGCCUAUGUUAUCGCCACCCAUGAACCACACCAAGCAAGUCCAACUCAGCAUUGUGGAAUUAAGGCGGAUACAUUUCUUGCGGGUAUGUUC